AUGUCAUACCUUCCCUCCUCCCUGGCUGGUGGCCGACGAGCCCGCAACCAGCCAAGGCAGGCCGCCAUAAUUGAGACCAACGCCGCCCGUUACGAGCGCCCGAUUGUCUGGAAAUGUCGCUGGCUAGACGGCUGGCUGGGAAUGUACGCCCAGACAAACUGGAUGUUGAAUGACGGCGUGGGCCUGGCCAAAUACGCCGCUCCGUCUGAGCUCCAGAUGCACUGGGCCCUGCGCAUCGGCCCUUAUCUCUACGAACUGACCACCGACGAGCAUAUGGGGAUUUCGUGGCGAUAUGUGGACGAGACGCGCUGGGAGUCCUGGAAGUCUGCUACUCCUGACAGGGUUGUAGGAGAGACCUGCGCGACGGACACCGAGCUGGCACAAAUGGCUGAGGAAGUGAUCUCGCAAAUGCAAUGCCGUGACCCUGUAUCCUCCUCACCCACGGCCAAAUACAACUUCGUCAGGAACAACUGCCACACCUUCGCCCUCCGACUGCUUGAGAGCACCAUCAAUUUGGAUGUUGGAGCCGUCGACAUGCGUGCCUUUGCAGGCUUCGAUGUUGGAACAGUGGGCACGUCUGCAUCGCCGGCAUUGGCAGGCUGGAGGAAGAUGAAUGCUGUUUCCAGCCACCGCAGCGUACCGGAACUAUGGGGCUCCCCGAGUGCGUAUUUUCGAGCAGUCUCGGACAUGGCCAAGGGGAAGCUGAGAGAAAGACACUUUGAGGGGCUGCUCCCAGAUUACCAGCGCGGUGCUGUUGGCGAAGAGAGGGCCAGCCGACAAGCACUGAUCGCUGCCGUUUACGCACCUGGUUGA